CAACCUUAGCCUUAAAAGUAGUUAGCGAGCUAGCAUGGGGCGGGUCAAAGGCGCCGCUGUGAUAUUUGUUUAAUAAAGAAAGAGGAGAAAAAGUUUGCAAGGGGGUAAAAGAGCCGAGGGAAAAGUGUCCACGGCCGACUGUUCCUGCCGCCUCCCUCGCACAGCGCUGAGGGUCUCCAGCCGUUGUCCAGCCAUUGGCGGUGGGUUGAAAAGCAGCUGGAUGUGACAGGUCCGACAUCAGAUCAGAGACAGAAAGUGCCUUUUGAGACGACAUCCCUACUUGAAGAUUUUGUCCGAGGAGCUCCAGAUAUUUCUCUGCAGCCUCUGUUUGGUUGUCGCUUAGCUUCAAGUCCUGUUUCGUCCCCCGUCAGCUUUCUAGGUGUGAAUAAACCCAAGCGAAAGCUGACGCCUUCUCUAAACCGCUGGCCAGAUUGCUGAAGCAUAAAGGCGCUUCGAAUCAAAGAGCUGCAAACUUUGUGUUGUCCUAAAAUGUGCCAUUGUAUCUUAAAAUAGGGCCACCUUUUACUCCUCAACACCCACCCUCGGAAAAAAGAUAUCAUCUUUCAUAAAAGGGACGUUUUAAGGACAGUGGUGCAGCCUAAACGGGUCGUCUCCAGGCAUGCCUGCAUCUGCGUCUUCAGAGAUCUGCAGAUGAGUUUUACUGGUUGCUGAUCAAUCAGCCUGACUGAGAAAACUCCACAACAAAACAACUGUUCACUCUCAUGCUCAGGUCUCAGAGACUUAACCAUCAGAUUUCCUCUUUUUUUUUUUUUUUUUUUGGUCUGCAAGGACAAAGCACCUUCACCGACCUGAGGCGGGUUAUUUUUAGCUACAUGUUCCAUCGGUUUUAGCUCUUGUGCAUUAGAUUUUUUUUUUUUUUGCUUUGUUUGUUUGUUUUUUUAAUCCACUCCGCUCAGGAUAGCUUCCUCCCUAAAGCGGGCAGCUCCUCUCCUUCCCCAGCUCCACAGCCAUCAACCCUCGACAUGGCUCUAAACAUAGCCUCUAUACGGGACACAAAAUGGCUGACCCUGGAAGUGUGCCGGCAGUUUCAGAGAGGGACGUGUUCGCGCAGUGACGAGGAAUGCAAAUUCGCCCACCCGCCCAAAAGCUGCCAGGUGGAGAACGGGAGGGUGAUUGCCUGUUUUGACUCGUUAAAGGGGCGUUGCACGCGAGAGAACUGCAAAUACCUCCACCCGCCCGCUCACCUGAAGACUCAGCUGGAGAUCAACGGACGGAACAACCUGAUCCAGCAGAAGACCGCCGCUGCCAUGUUGGCUCAACAGAUGCAGUUCAUGAUCCCCGGAACCACCAUGCAGCCUGUGACGUUUCCAGUCAGUCAGGGCCUGGGAUCCAGCGCCGGUUUAAGCUACACACCUUAUCUGACCCCGAUGUCCCACGGCAUGGGCCUGGUUCCCACAGACAUUCUGCCCAGCGCGCCCGUCAUCGUCCCCGGCAGCCCGCCCGUCUCUGUGACGGCCGGUUCCUCCUCCAACCAGAAGCUUCUGCGUGCCGACAAGCUGGAGGUCUGCCGCGAAUUCCAACGGGGCAACUGCGCCCGCGGCGAGACGGACUGCCGCUUCGCUCACCCGAGCGACAGCCCCAUGAUCGACACCAGCGACAACACGGUCACCGUGUGCAUGGACUACAUCAAGAGCCGCUGCUCCCGCGAGAAGUGCAAGUACUUUCACCCCCCGGCCCACCUGCAGGCUAAAAUUAAGGCCGCCCAGCACCAGGCCAACCAGACGGCUGUGGCUGCCCAAGCUGCGGCCACAGCUGCAGCCAUGACUCAGUCGACUGCCAAAGCAAUGAAGCGACCCCUCGAGGCAACUGUAGACCUGGCGUUCCCCCACGGUGUCCUCCAGCCCCUACCAAAGAGACCAGCACUUGAGAAGAGCAACGGAGCGAGCUCUCUGUUCAACCCCAGUGUUUUGCACUACCAGCAGGCGCUGGCCAACGCGCAGCUCCAGCAGCCUGCUUUCUUUCCCACAGGGUCAGUGUUGUGCAUGACCCCUGCUAGCAGUCUUGUCCCAAUGAUGUACAGUGCUACGCCUGCUACUGUCUCUGCAGCAACAACUCCUGCCACAAGUGUCCCCUACGCAGCAACAGCACCAGCCAAUCAGAUCAUCCUGAAGUGAGCGUCGGGAGCGAGAUGGAACGUCACGAAGCCGCACUAGGAAGCCCAAAACAGCCCCUCUGUAAAUACUACCUUGCCUCUCCCCCAGAGGUCCAGCAACCUGCAUGCUAAGAGUGUAAACACUUCAAUUUAACCACGAGGACUGCAGUGCCGGUGUAACUCACACACAGUAAACAAAAGAUAUAUACAUAUAUUAUAUAUAAAAAAUAGUGUAUGUAUUGUUAGAAAACGGAAUACGCACAUGAAAAGUCACAAUUAUUCUUAUGUAUAGUGCAUACAUAGAUACACUAUAGCCACAGUGGGAUCUCUACUCUUGUUUUAGAAAACCCUUUAGUAGGUUGAAGAAGGAGAAUGGAGGAGCACCUACACAGCCACACCCUUUUUGUUUAGCUUUUUUAUUUCAGAAGAGAUCUUUUCUCCCUCUUGCUGUUUAUUAAUUAUCACAGCCCCCCCCAGAAGCUGAAGCUCUUGCAGACAUUUUAUCCCUGGAAACAUCUUGCCAAAGCUGCGGCUUGGAUAAGGAUGCCAUAGAGCACACACCCUCCAAAUUCCAUCUUGUUUUCUCUCCCCCCUCCCUCCCCGUUGCUGCAAAGUCAACCUGCUCGCCCUUUAUUUGCUGUGAGGCCAAUCCAGCUUGUUUGCAUGCAGUCAAGACCGGAGAAUCUAAAGGCUCGAGCCUGUGCCAAGGGCUUGACGAAGCUGGAGGGUGAACUUCAGACAUGCCAAGCCUUCUGUGUACGUGCGACUGUGUGCGUUGUGUGUGUCAUAUCAGGAAACUGAUGGUCUGCCGGCAGACUGCGACUUUAAGCGAGGACUUGCAAAAGAUGGUAACUCCAAACCUGGUGGAAGAGUUUCUUCUUCUUCUUUUUUUUUUUUAUGAAGUUUUAGGACCGGGGGACAUGUGAGGGACUUAAGUGCUAAAUCUAAAUGAAAACAACACAAAAAAAAAAAAGUUUGUAAAAAAAAAAAAAAAAUUACAAAUUAAAAAGAAAACGGUGCAUUUGACAACAUUCGUCAAGCAAAAAGAUGACUUGAACUUGAACUGGAGGGCUAUCUGUGACCGUCGGUUGUCCUGUCCAACCCUACUAUCACCGAUAAUCCUGUUUCCAUUUUAGAAAACUGUAGAAGUGCCUAAAAAAAGAAAAUAAAAACAAAAAAAAAAGAAUUUCAAAAAAAAGCUCAUCGACGACACACUAAACACCCAGGGCUGGAUCACUAAGAGUCACAAAAACCACCGGCUGAUAAAACCGUAGGGACUCUUUUGGGGGGUUUUUUCGGGGAAAGACAUUACACUAUGUGUUGCUAGGAAACACCUGCCUAGCAACCGCUCAUUUUACAUCACAAGUGACUUUACUGAAGGAAGAGAGCUUGGAGGAUCGACAAAUCAAAACUAGCUUUGUAGAAUGUCUGGUGACGUUUCAACGGUGUAUCCGUCGUUUCUUACAUGGGUUUCAGUAGUUUACAUGAGGAACGUGAGUGAGAACACAUCGUAUUGUAAACUGUGUAAUGUAUGUAAAGUGUCUGUCAUUUUGAAAGUUUCUAUUCUAGAAAAUGUAUUCCGACUUAUUUAAAGAAGUUGUGUUGUGUCUACUAUCAAGGUGUGUUUGAACCUUCGCCUCCCGUAAUGAACGUUCACAUAUAUCUUUUUUUUUUUAUGGCCAAGAUCAGAAAAAAAAACUAAAUUAUUUUGGUUUUACUUUUUAGGUUUUUAUUUUUCUCCAUUUGAUCAAAAGUUCUGGCACGAUCUGAUGGUGCUUUGAUCAACACUGACAAUCCACAAUCAAAACAGUUUGUUUUCACGCACAUUGUGACCUGUUUGUACCCUGUAGCCGCAAUAAGCUAAUAACGGCAGAUAGCUGGCUUUGAUCAUUUUAAAUGGAAUAAGCCCAAUAACGUAAUAGGUCGGCAAAACUCCUAUGAAGCUUUUGAGCCAAUAACAUAUUCUUCUUUUGUAUUCAAUUAAAAGUGUUCCUCCUGCAUUCUAUCACGUUUCACAAAGUGAUCUAACUACCAACUACGCUUCAAAUAAUUUAAAUUGUCAUGGGUGCAUGAAAGCAUGAAUCUAUGCAUGAAUUUCUUAUUAAAUAUACGUUGCAAACUAUAAAUAUUUUAACAUUGGCUCUUAGAAUCAGCUGAUCUUAAAUUAACAAACAUGACCCUUAUGUAAUCCACUACAUAUUUUCCUAAACAGCACAAACGCAGUAAAUUUUUAAGAAUUACAGUUUUAUUUAUGUGUUACUAAAUGUAUGUGUUACUAAAUUCAGCCAUAUAUAUAUAAAUAAUAUAUAUGUAUAUAUAUUUAUAUUUUCAGUUUAAGGAUGCCCCCUAAAUUAAUUAUCUCAUUUUAGUGAUAGUAUAUUAAAGGUUUCGUGUGGAGAAGAAUAUUUUGAAUUAUAUCUGGGUUAUCUAGACCAUUUUGUGAUGCAAUAAUUAACUUUAUUUUCAUGCAAUAACCCACCAAAAUACAACCCUGACUCAAUUUAGACCCAUAUGUUAGCUCUGCUGCCCCCUAGUGGUUAAAAAAUGACAUUUUAUGAAGAAAAAAACAUUUAUUUAUGUUUGUAUGGAAAAUUUAUUUGUUUUCUCCUUUAACAGAUGCUAAAUUGAGGAAACUGUUUAUUUAAAUUGAUAUGAUUAGUCAAUGGUCUCACUCUGUGAUGCCUGAAUAAAGUAUAUAAAAUAAAGAGGUUUGUGUAGGAUUAUACAUUAGUAACUUUUAAACUGAAACUUCUAAACCAUUUUAUGAAAAUCUUGUCCCACCAGCGUUAAAGUAGGCAAAAAUAGUAACUAUUUAAAUAUAAAUGAAGGGAAAAAAAGGGUCAAUAUAUGUUAGUGCUACUCCAAUAGUUAUGUUAAUGGUUCAAAAUCCUCAUUAAAUUAUGUGUUCUUUAGUCAUUAUGACAUUUAAAAUUGGCAGAAUUAUUAUGCUUUUGUAAGGUAUUACGUUAUCGGUCAGUAUUAGCUUAUUAGCUGCUACGUACCCUUUUUUUUUAAGGCAGUAAAAUGACCUGUUUUGUUGUAACUUAUCUUAAGUAACGUGAGAUUUUACUCAAAAACGAUGUUGUAAACUAUUCUGUUUUGAGAUGAAUGUAAUUUAUUGAGCUGUGCAACGUUUCUGCACGGGUCGGUCGUUUUUUUUUUUUUUCUUCAAAGAUCGAGCCCUCCGUCGAGUCGGCAGACAAGAAGUCACACGGCAGCAGGAGGGGGGGGUGGCGUGAGCCCGAGAAUGCCCGCGCCUAAAACGGAACUGGAAACACCCCUGGAUCUUUCUCGCCUUCUCAACGAGGAUGAAAAUGAAAAUUUUGAUGUCAGGAGCGUUAAACAUAUUACUAGAGUUGCUUGUGAUAUCGGAGGAAUAAAAUAAAAAAAAAAAAAGAUUAUUGUAUAGAUGACAUUUUAUCGAGAGGAUUAAAAAAAAAGUGAAAAAAAUUUAAAGAAAAUUUUGAAAAAGAUGUACUUUUCACUCUAGUAUGAUAGUAUUUCAUAACAAUAUUAAGUUGUUGCGGUGGCAACCAAAUGUUGCAGUUACUAAAGUUUGGUAUUUUUGUAAAUGACAUUGUUAAGUUGAUUUUUUUGUUCAUUUGUUCUGUUUGUUUCUUUUUUUGCUAGAACACUGUACACAAAGUAGAUUGUAAAGCAAUGAACAUUUCUUAUUCUUCGAUGAGAAUAUGAGAGUGACCUGAUAUUUUCAUUAGCAAA